UAUAAAGCGAAUACUCAUUUAUAUUUCUUGUUACAGAGAUCUGCAAGGCAACAACAUCAGCAUAAUAUUUCAAAGCGACUUCCAAAAACUAAUGGAUCUGAAAACAUUGCAGCUGCAAGAGAACCAAAUCCACACGAUAGAGCGCGACGCCUUCGCCGAGCUCACUGCACUGGAAAACCUGAAACUAAACAAUAAUCGGCUGAGCCACUUGCCAGAUGGUCUUUUUGUGAGAUUGAGGCAUCUACAGCGUUUAGACCUGAGCCGCAACGACUUAACCGCGAUCAGCCGGCGCACCUUCCGCGGCCUCACCGCGCUCAAGUCGCUGCACCUCGGCUGGAACCAGAUCAAAUGCAUCGACGACAAGGCUCUGGAACAUCUGAAAAGUCUGCAGUAUUUAACAUUAAACAACAACAACCUGACCUACCUGUCUCUGGAAGCGGCCAUGGUGGCUCGCCUGCACGCGCUGCGCCUCUUCGACAACCCCAUGGUGUGCGACUGUCGGGUGGCGAGGCUCGGCGCUGCAGUGCGCGCUGCCGGCAUCCUGGGGGUCGGAGCUAGAUGUCAGGCGCCGGCCGCGCUGCGCGGAGCCUUCCUCAGCGAGAUAGAACCUCACGAGUUGGUUUGUAACGGCCCGAACACUGCUAUAGUAGGGGAAUGCUCUGCGGAGCCGCGCUGCCCGCCGCCGUGCCGCUGCUCGCCGGACGGCACCGUGGACUGCCGCGAGAAGCUGCUGGCCGACCUGCCCGCCGCCAUCCCGCACCGCGCCACCGAGAUCCGCCUCGAACAGAACGAGAUAACAGAAGUAGGUGCGGGCGCGUUCGCGUCUGUGAAGCGCGUCGCACGCAUCGACCUGUCCAACAAUAAGAUUACUAAGAUCGCGGGAGACGCCUUCAACGGUCUGGUGCAUCUUACUUCUUUAGUGCUGUACGGAAAUAAGAUAAAAGACCUGCCGUCCGGAAUAUUCCACGGCCUCACGUCGUUGCAGUUAUUGUUGCUAAACUCGAACGAGAUCACGUGCGUGCGGAAGGACACAUUCCGUGAUCUGCAGAGCUUGAAGUUAUUAUCGCUAUACGACAACAACAUUCGUACUCUACCGAACGGAACCUUCGACGCUCUCACCGGCAUACAGACUCUGCACCUGGGCCGCAACCCGUUCUCGUGCGACUGCGCGCUGCGUUGGCUGGCGCGCUACCUGCGCCGCAACCCCAUCGAGACGUCCGGCGCCAAGUGCGACGCGCCCAAGCGCGUGGCGCGCAAGCGCAUCGACGCGCUGCGCGAGGACAGCUUCAAGUGCAAACCGGGCGAGGAGGCGGCGGAGGCGUGCGGCGACGAGCCGCCGUGCCCCGCGCCGUGCGCGUGCGCGCGCGGCAGCUGGGGCCGCGGCCUGCGCGUGUCGUGCGCGCGCGCCGCCCUCGCGCACAUCCCGCGCGACCUGCCGCUCGACACGCACGCGCUCAUAAUGCCAGACAAUGCUCUCGGUCAAAUUAAGUCCGACGGUUUCCUGGGCCGCUUACCGGACCUCACAAAGUUGGAUUUUAGGAACAGUGGUAUAUCGAUAAUAGAAGACAACGCAUUCGACGGCGCUGCUAACAUCCAGGAACUGCUGUUGGACUCCAACCUGCUGGAGACGGUGACCGACAAAAUGUUCUUCGGCCUUCACAGCUUGACCAUAUUGUCUCUGGCUGAUAAUAAAAUCCGAUGCAUCGCUCCAGGAUCUUUCGACCAUCUUAGCAUGCUGUCCACGCUGACGCUGUCGGGCAACCCGCUGGAGUGCACGUGCCACACGUCGUGGCUGGCGGGCUGGCUGCGCGCGCGCCGCCUCGCGCCCGCCACCGCGUGCGCGCGCCCCGACGCUCUCGCGCGCACGCUGCUCGCGCACCUCGAGCUCGCCGACUUUAAGUGUACCCCGGAAGACGCAGGCUGCCUGCCGGCGGACUACUGCCCCGAGCGGUGCACGUGCGCGGGCAGCGUGGUGCGCUGCGCGCGCGCGCGCCUCGACGCGCUGCCCGCUCGCAUCCCGCCCUACACCACCGAGCUGUACCUUGAGUCGAACGAGAUCACCAGCAUAUCAUCAGAACAGAUCCGGCACCUGACGCAGCUGACGCGGCUGGAUCUCUCCAACAACAAGAUCAGCGUGCUCUCCAACAACACCUUCGAGGGGCUCACCAAGCUGUCCACCCUCAUCGUGAGCUACAACCGGCUGAGAUGCGUUCAGCGAGACGCUCUGAAAGGUCUGACGCAGUUGCGAGUGCUCUCGCUUCACGGGAACAACAUAUCGAUGCUGGCUGACGGCGUCUUCCGAGACCUGGAGUCCAUAUCCCACGUCGCGCUGGGCUCAAACCCGCUGUACUGCGACUGCGCGCUGCGCUGGCUGGCGGCCUGGGUGCAGCGCGGCGAGUUCGUGGAGCCGGGCAUCGCGCGCUGCGCCGCGCCGCCGCGCAUGCGGGACAAGCUGCUGCUCAGCACGCACCCCGCCGCCUUCUCGUGCGCAGGAGAGCCGCCGGCGGACAUAGUGUCGAAAUGCAACAAGUGCUACCGCAACCCGUGCGCCAACGGCGGCGAGUGCGCGCCCACCGCUGGCGGCGGAUUCCGCUGCGCGUGCGCGCGCGGUUACCAUGGCGACACGUGCCAGCACCAGAUCGACGCGUGCUACGGCUCGCCCUGCGCCUACGGCACCUGCCAGCUGCUGGAGGAGGGCCGCUUCCACUGCUCGUGCCUGGCCGGCUACACGGGCGUGCGCUGCGAGGCCAACAUCGACGACUGCGUGUCGCACCGCUGCCAGAACAACGCCACCUGCGUGGACCACCUCGAGAGCUACACCUGCAAGUGUGCCCCGGGCUUUAUGGGCGAAUUCUGCGAGAAGAAGAUCCCGUUCUGCACGGCGGAGUUCAACCCGUGCGCGAACGGCGGCGCGUGCGUGGACCACACCAGCCACUACACGUGCUCCUGCCCGCGGGGCUACUCGGGGCAGAACUGCACCGUCAACGUCGAUGACUGCAUCAACCACAUGUGUCAGAACGGCGCGACGUGCGUGGACGGGCUGGACGAGUACCGGUGCGCGUGCGCGGCCGGCUACGCGGGCCGCUACUGCGAGGCGGCGCCGCACGCCGCGCUCGGCACCUCGCCCUGCGCGCACCACGACUGCGUGCACGGCGUGUGCUACCUGCCCGCGCUCGCGCUGCAGGAUGAUAUUAUGAUGGAGCGUCCGCUGCUGGCGCCCGCCAACGACUACCUGUGCAAGUGCGCCCCCGGAUAUUCUGGUCGUCUCUGCGAGUACCUCACCUCUCUCACGUUCAACCACAACGACUCGCUGGUGGAGUUGGAGCCGCUGCGCACCAGCCCGCAGGCCAACGUCACCCUGGUGUUCAGCACGAAGCAGCAGCACGGCGUGCUGAUGUACUUCGGUGAGAACGAGCACCUCGCGGUGGAGCUGUUCAACGGCCGCAUCCGCAUCAGCUACGACGUCGGCAACCAUCCCACUUCCACUAUGUACAGUUUCGAGAUGGUGUCCGACGGCGCGUACCACAAGGCCGAGCUGCUCGCACUCAGCAAGAACUUCACUCUGCGGGUCGACGACGGUCCCGCUCGCUCUAUCAUCAAUGAAGGUAGCAAGGAGUAUCUGCGGUUGGAGCGACCCAUGUUCCUGGGCGGAGUGCCGCCCGACGUCGCCAAGGACGCCUUCUCCAAGUGGCACCUUCGGAACAUCACCAGCUUUAAGGGGUGCCUGAAGGAGGCGUGGAUAAACCACAAGCGCGUGGACUUCGUGAACGCGGCGCGGCUGGUGCGCGCGACGGCGGGCUGCGCGGGCGACGGGCCGGCAACGCCGCCCGCCGACUCGCCGCAGGAGGACGCCGGCCACCGCCCCGACCCGUGCGUGCCGAACCCGUGCCGGCGCGGCGGGCGGUGCGCGCGCGAGGACGGCUCCAGCUCCGACUACACGUGCCGCUGCCGGCCCGGCACCGCCGGCGCGCAGUGCGAGCUGCUCACCUCGCUCGGAGGUGCUCCUGUGAUCACGCAGAACAAGCUGCCGGCUCGGAAGCAGGCCAUCAGCAACGUGCAAGCCUCACCAGCUGCGCCCGCCGCGCCGGCCGAGCGCGCGCCCGCCGCCGCGCCGCCGCACACCGCUUGUAGAAAGGAAGCGACUCGCGAGUUCAUUACGGAGGGCUCGUGUCGCAGCCGGCGAGCGGUGCGCGGCGCGCGCUGCGUGGGACCCACCGGACCCGCCGGACUCGCCGGACCCGCCGGUCACGCUGGGCCCGGACCUGCUGGAUCUGGCGCCGCCGGAUCCUGCGGCAAAGCGCAGUGCUGUGCCCCCAGGAAGACUAAGAAGAGAAAGAUUCGCCUGGUUUGUGCGGACGGCACUCGCUACACCAAAGACAUAGAAAUAGUGCGGAAGUGCGCUUGCGGCAAGAAGUGCGCGAGGAACACGCCCUUCCUACACUAGACGCCGCACCAUCUCCUCUCGAUAUAAGGAAUACCAAUUUAAACUCACUGUCUAUAACAAUUUGGGUCAAAAUCGAGUAACCGUAAUUUUGGCGGUAUUUUACUAACGAAUCAAGAAAGAUGUUUGAUGAAUGGCGUACGAUCGGUUUUAUUUCAAACAACGCAAUUAUUUAAAUGAAAACAACUGAGAAACUUAAAACAACACUGCCCUCGUUAUUUUUAUUCCUCAGUAAUCAUAAAUCAUAUCUCGUACACUGCCUCAAAAUGAAACGAAAACAAUUCUCAUAAGCUAUGAUUCUGUUAUAUGUAUAUGUAACAAGGCAUAUCAGGUUACACGCAUGCAGAGUGCACUGAUGUAAACUCACAAUAUAAACUCAACGAGCUGCCAUUUUGUUUAGUCAAUACAUAGAAUAUUCUAUCCCUUUCCUUCUUAUGGUUAGUAUCGUACUAUCUCUUUUCUAGAGUUAAAUGAAUAUUGGAAUAUAAAAGGUCACUGUUUGCGUGGGUCGGGUUGUUAUUAACUGAGAUACUGAAACCUGUUAUGCCCAAUUACUUAUUUUUAAUUAUCUACUUAGUAUACGUUUUUUGCAGUUUGUUACACGGCCUAAUAUUCUUUCAUUUAAAUGAGGCAAUAUCGGCUAAAUGCUUUAGUAUUAGUUGAAUUGUCUGAUUACUGAUGUAACCUUCAUGUAGAGUUAAUUUUACCCGUACAAAUUAUGUUAGAUUGUAUAUUAUUUUUAUUUAUAAAUACAUCGGAGCUCCUUUGAGAAAUAUAUACACGAAUAAAUUUUAUAUUUUAACCUCAUUUUGUAUAUCUUAGUAUUAUAAUUAGAUAUAAAAUAUACCCCAGUAGACAUAAGUUGCAUAUUCAGAGAUUUUACUAUAACUAGUUGCUAUAGGCAUUACAGUUGAAGGCUUCUUGUAAGAGUUGACGGCGGCGCUGGUAAUGAUGCGAUAACAUCCAUCUUUGAUUGUUAAAAUACAAAGAUUUGUUGCACUUUUGUUUAUUUCCGACACGAGAUUAUGUUUCUAGAUGAAGCAAGAGGUUUCUUAACAUUAAAAUAUCGAAUGAGCGAUAAUAAUUUUUUAAACUUAUAAUUAAGUGCUAUCGAACAUUUUUUAGUCUUGCCGAUAAAUUUCGAAAUGUAAGGGAUUUUGUAUAAAAAAUAUGAAUUAUUUAUUGCUGUUUUGUUGCUAAUUAAGGCUAAUUGUAAAUGAGUAGUUAACUUAGGUAUCGUAGAGAAUGCAUUCCGUAUUUAUUUAUUCCCUACCAUUUCUACCGAAGGGUAGCUUCGCCGCGGUGUUCAUCGCAUUUUGUGUAACGUCAGUAUUAAUAUUUUAUUUGAAUCUAUUAAAAAUCAGUUUAUUAGAAAUGUGUUUUGAGCGGAUUUUUAGUAGAACUUGACUUAAGAUUUAAGCUUUAAGCAGAACCUACACCUGCUGCCGCGUCGGCGGCGGGCGCUUUUUAAAUUCUAUGGUGAGGUAAUAUUGUCUAUGAACUUUAUAAUUUAUUGAUGUAAUAAAGACGAUGUUAG